UAAGUCAAACACAGCUGUAUUUUACCUGUGAAAGCCCAUGUAUACAUAGCCAUGAUAUUUAUGCCUUGAACAAGUCGGUCAACCCGGAAAAAAACCUAUAAAAAACCAUAAAAAAAACUUAAGUUGUAAUCAUUUAAAAGAAUCAUGUGAUAAUCGGCUUUUCAAUCGGAUAACAAUAAUAAAUGUGCACAAAACCGUCAAAUCUCGUCGUCAUGUUUUUAAAGUUAAAGUGGCUCAAUUUCUUUCUUCAAUUGUGCAUCGAUGUUUUCUAAAUGGGGAGUUCUGUUUUUUUUUAUUGAAAACUAGAUUAUAAACAUUCCCACGUUCAAAAUGCGACUCUAAAAAAGGAUUGUGCCAUUUGGUGCAAGAAAGCUGUUGAUUUCUUCUAACAGGAUGGCCACAAUGAUGUACCCAACGUUAUCAAAAUCGCAAAGUAUGCGUUCAAAACGGAAAUCGGCCGUAGAACUCCUUGCGGAGAGUAAACCCUUUUAUGUUAAGUCCGAAAUUGUUAGAGAUACAACCCAAUCAAUUCCAACGAGAACUAUUCAAAGUUUUGGGUGCGGGUAUGGAACUUAUGUUAGAAGCAAAUCGGUUAAUGUUACUGCAACACAUGGCACACAUAAUACUACCAAUUAUAAAUCCACUACAUUACCACAAUAUAUGGCGGUUUCACCAUCACGAUCUCUUCCCCCAAUAUCUCAUAGACGUUCGGUUCAUUCAGGAACAAGUGAUCUUCUUCAAAAUAAGCUUAGACAGCUCUUGGUGUGCGACAGUGCAGAAGAAUUGAGUGUAGAACAAUUGGGUCCAUUGAGUCCUCCCGCCGAGUAUGCUCAAAGAUGCCACAAAAGUCUUCCGGAUCUUCAUUGCAGGGCAGAACCAAGUUCCAAUAAAAGUAGCAACAAGAGUUUGUCAAACAGGGAUAGUGGUGGUUCAAGUGGACAUUAUACACAAAGAAGUGAACCUCCACCACCACCAAGACAGGAUACACGAAGAGAUUCUGGUUCUAGUACACAACAUAGUGGGGGAAGUUCUUAUUUUUGCUGUCAAGAGACAGAUUGUAGAGCGCGUUACCCUCAACCAAUCACUAGUUUUAAAAGACAAAAAUGUCUCCGUUAUAAAAGGGACCGCCCGAUUUUGCGAUCAAAAUCCGAUAUCAGCGAUAGGUAUUGGAGAUCUGCGGAGCCCCCAGUGAGCCAUCUGGAACAAUUUUUUGAGCACCUCGGGCUUACGAGUGAUAGUUUCGAGGAUAUGUUAAGCGAUAGCAGAUCCUCGGAUAGUCCUGUCUUUUUCUCGGAUGUAUCCACCGUCGAUUCAAGUCGACCCAUCGAUAACGUUGAUCACUGCCAACCUCAAGCAUUGAGGCCAAGCGAGCCCCCAUCCAUUGUGGAACGCAACGCUCGGAUCAUUAAGUGGUUGUGUAACUGUAGGAAGUCGCAAUUAUCAUGAAGAAAAGAAGGUAUAUGAAUUGAACGAAGAAUUAUUUCUUUUUUUUUAUUAAUGUUUCUUCUCAUUUGUAUAUUGUGAUAUAAAAA